AUGCCUGUGACAUGCUGUCAACAUGGAGAGAUGAUGACAACAGUCGAGAUUGUUGCAAGUGGAAAGGCAUUCGAUGCGAUCCUCAAACAGCUCAUGUUACCAUCCUUCGUCUCCGGGGUUCGAAUACAGAACAUUUGGGAGGUGCACUCAUAUAUCACUUCAUUGUUUCCAUUGCAAAAUAUUCAACAUUUGGAUCUCAGCUACAAUAGUUUUGUAGGGAGUCACAUCCCACAACUCAUGGGCUCACUAACUAAUUUAAGAUAUCUCAAUCUCUCCUAUUCUGAUUUUGGUGGUAACAUUCCUACCCAACUUGGAAACCUUACACAUUUAUUGUCUUUGGAUUUAAGUCUCAAUUAUUUUCUCCGUGGAAAUAUCCCUUAUCAACUUGCAAGCUUUACAAGUUUAACGUAUCUCGAUCUCAGUUAUGAUAUUCUUGAUGGGAAACUCGCUUACCAAUUUGGAAAUCUGUCACAGUUGAGGUAUCUUGAUCUUAGCGAAAAUUCCUUUUCUGGAGCACUCCCUUUCCAGGUUGAGAAUCUUCCUUUCUUGCAAACUCUUAGACUUGGGAAUCUUCCUUUCUUGCACACUCUUCGACUUGGGGCUUAUUUUCUCUGGCACAAUCUUACACUUGGUGGUGGUUUUGAUGUCAAACCUAAGGAUGCAAAGUGGUUGUCUAAUAUGAGUUCCCUGACACAUCUUGCCAUCAAUGGUUUACAUAACCCUGAAUGGUUGCAAAUGAUUCAUAGUCCAAAGCUAAGAGAGUUGAGCCUAGUUUACUGUUUUCUUUCAGAUACCCAUAUUCAAUCUUUGUUUUAUUCACGUUCCAACUUUUCCACUUCUCUUUCCAUCCUCGAUCUUUCUUCUAAUAUGCUGACAUCCUCAACAUUUCAAUUAUUGUCUAAAUUUUGCCUUAAUCUUCAAGAGCUUUAUCUUUCUGAUAAUAACAUUGUUUUGUCAUCUCCAGUCCACUCAACCUUUUCUUCUCUUGUGAUCCUUGACCUUUCCCAUAAUAAGAUGCCAUCAUCGGUCUUUCAAGGUAGCUUCAACUUCAGUUCAAAACUUCAAAAUCUUUAUUUGCGAAAUUGUAGUCUUAGGGAUGAUAGUUUUCUCAUGUCAGCUAUUUCAAUUACGAAUUUUUCUUCUUCUCUUGCCUCGCUUGAUCUCUCCUCAAAUAUGUUGAUAUCAUCAUCCAUAUUUUACUGGCUCUUCAAUUCCACUACCAAUCUUCGUACACUUGAACUUUUUCAUAACAUGCUGGAAGGUCCCAUUCCAGAUGGAUUUGGGAAAGUAAUGAACUCUCUUGAAGAUCUUGACCUCUCAAGUAACAAAAUUCAAGGCGAGAUUCCAUCUUUCUUUGGGAACAUGUGCACAUUGCAGAGUUUAGACCUCUCAAACAAUAAGUUGAGUGGGCAAAUUUCUAGCUUCUUUCUAAAUUCUUCAUGGUGCAACAGACACGUGUUUCAGAGAUUGUGGUUAUCUGGUAACAACAUUACAGGAAGGCUCCCUAAAAGCAUUGGAUUGCUAUCUGAAUUGGAGGGCUUGUACUUGGAUGGAAAUUGCUUGGAGGGUGAUGUCACCGAAUCCCAUCUUUCAAAAUUUUCCAAAUUAAGGGACUUAUAUUUGUCAGAGAACACCCUAUCUCUAAAAAUAGUCCCUAACUGGUACCAAAAUGGUUUUGGAACAACUUGCAUAAUGUGA